UUGACAGUUCUGUCAUAUUAAAACACAUACUAACAGUGAACAAACGAAAAGAGAUCAUUUUGCUAGAAAACUUUAGCAUAUUUUGACCAAAACAAAAAACCAUUUAUUUUCUAUUGAUUGUUCGAAGUAAUUUUGUUCACUGAUCAUUUGACUGAAUAAUGGCAUUGCAAGAAGCACCAGUUGGAAUUGUCACGGACAUCCAAUUUAAAGUGCACAGCAAAUAUCAACUAUUCAAUGUGAAUGAAAGCACCCCAAAUUACAAUGGCAUUGAUUUAUUGGCAGCGGCCAGUACCUUUGGUCUGAUUAUUGUUGGAAGACCAACAGCGCAAGAAAUACAAGUUCUCCGAUUGAAAGAUGUUACUGAGAACAAAGAAUCUCCAACGAUUCCUACACGAAUCAUAAAUCUACCUGCUGAACCGUACAUGUUGGCUGUUAGCUGUGACCACAGUAUGCUUUCAGUGUGCUAUACAGUUAAUGGGACCACAUUUAUCGACAUAUAUGCAGUGCAAUCAUUUUUGUCGACGAAUGUUCAAUGUAUACUGUCAAAAAUUAUGGUGUCAAAUGCGAACAGCGUAAAAGUGAAUCAGAUCUUGUGGAAUCCAGUCAUUGCGAACACAAUGGCCCUUUGUCUUAGCGACGGGACGCUCACAUCAUAUGUCAUUGAAGCGAAUAGAUUUGAAUUCAAUGCAUUAGAUAAGGCAGAAAAUGCAUGUUGUGCUUGUUGGAGCCCAGAGGGAAAGCAGAUUGUUGUCGCUUUUCCAAAUGGAAAAUUGGCACAAUACAAACUCGAUUUGAAGCUAGCAAAAGCAAUACCAUGUGCAACACAAAUUCUUGCGGAACCAUUUUAUCCAAUUGCUAUAAAAUGGCUUUCGACAUAUCAAUUCGCUGUGGUGUUUGUCAAAGAAGAAGCAAACCAAUCAUUAUUCAUAAUGAACACGUCAGAAACAGCGCCACCGAAUUAUAUAAACUACUAUGACAUGAUGUUCAGUCAACCAGGGCCAAGAGCACCACAAGUUUUUCUUGUUCACAUUUUACAAUGGAAUAUUUUGUUAAUGGCCUCAUCAAAUGGAACUGAAAUUGGAAUUUUGGGCACGACCGAAUCAGGAGAGAAUCCACUUUGGAAAAAAUAUACACUUACUGACGAAGGCCAUGCUGCACUUCCAUUGACAGCGGAUAAACAAGAUACAUUCCCAAUUGGGUUGGCAUUAGAAACUGGUUGCACACAUCAGCUGACUAUUGGUAAAAAUCUAAUUCCCGUCAUGCCAAUGCUACACAUUCUAUCCACACAUGGAUUCAUCUCAUCCUUUAAUAUGUUAAAUUUUCAACCUAACCGAGUCGAUAUUUGUUCACCACCCCAAAAUAUAUCGGAUCAAUCUGGAUUAGGAUUUUUCAAACAAAAUACAUCUGUUGGAGCGGCUCAAAAAAUUAUGACAACUCCACCGUUACAACAACCAAAUGCUACUAGAACAUCAUCGUCAAAUGAUUUUCAUGUGAACAAUGCAACGUUUGCCAUACCAGAAACGACCGAAAAAACAAAAGAAGAAGAUGCGCUCGAAUCUGGUGCAGAAGGCAAGCCACACGUGGUUACAGUCGCUACAGUACACCGUAUACAAGAAGAAUUAGUACCCAACUCGCCAAAUAAUGAAUAUAUACAAAAAAAAGAUUUAGAAGUCUUAAUGAAAAAAUUACGCGAAGAACAUGAAAAAGAUUUAGAAGUCUUAAUGAAAAAUUCACGCAAAGAACAUGAAAAAGAUUUAGAAGUCUUAAUGAAAAAUUCACGCAAAGAACAUGAAAAAGAUUUAGAAGUCUUAAUGAAAAAUUCACGCAAAGAACAUGAAAAAGAUUUAGAAGUCUUAAUGGAGAAACAUAAAAAAGAAUACGUCAUAUUACAAGCAAAAUACAAAUCCAGUAAAUGUCGUUUAAAGUCUUGGACCACAAUACCGGAUUUUAUUCUUGGAAUAAUUGAUAAUGGGCAACAUCGAUUUUCAAAAAUUUAUAAAAGACUUUUUGGCAAAAAGAAGGAUCAUGAUAAUAAAUAAAAAUUUAAGAUUAUGUCAUAGUAGUGUAAUACGUAGUUUUACAGUUCGACGCGCCACCUGUUAUUCGUCAAAUGAACGUAUUAAGUACGCAUUCAUGUUUAUGACAACGAAGGACAAUGAUUUAUUGAUUAUUAUUCAAAUUUGUUUGUAAAAGAAUUUUAAUUAACUUUUCAUGCAUAAAAUACACAGUAAUUUUCAAGCGGGGUUGGCGUAUAUGAGAUUGAGAACUGUUUUAUGCGAACGCAGCUGAUCAGCGCCACCUCACAUUAGUUCAAAUUAGAUCGAAAAACUGAAUUUAAUUCUGUAGCAUUGAAAUGAAAAAGAGAAAAAACAACAACAAUAGCACGGCCACACAGAGCUGUACAUCUAUGCGUGCUGAUGC